UAAAAGCCGUGAUGGGCAAAAGCCAUGAGUAAAAGCUUUCCGUUGGCUGAUAGAGGAUUAUUUACGAAGAGUGAAAACAAUAUCUAUGAAAGACAGAGAGACACCGUUUUAUAAACUGGUUCAAACACAGAAGUGGCCUGUGUUGUGUGACACGAUCUGUGUUUUCAGGAGUGUCACUAAAAACACGCCAGUGUUUUCCAGCCGCGCAUGAAGGAACUGACCUGGGAUGCACGGCUGCUAGCUCAUUAGCUUGUUUGCUAGUCUCCCGAGGAGCUGUUCUCACGACAGGACCAAACACCGACCUAGUGCAUUAUGACAGAUAGCAUAAUGAGUAAAGCAGCUACUAUGGAGAUUCCCAUCAACAGUAAUGGAGACACAGGGACUCUGCCCGAGGAUGACAGCUUGGAGCAGGCUGCUAAACGGCAGUGGAGCUUAGGGGAGAAGGUAGGGAGCUCCCGAGGACCCAGGGAUUUGCAGCAGGUUAUGGUUUCAGGCCCCAAUCUGAACGAAACCAGUAUUGUAUCGGGCGGAUACGGAGGCACGGCUGAAGGCAUCAUCCCCACCAGCUCCAUCAAAGGUUCCAGCAUGAAUCACAGUAGCAGCAGCUCCUCUAUGACGGCCGAGGAGUCAACUAAAGGAGUAGCCGUGGAGAAAAUUGAACAAGUCAAAAAGUGGGGGCUAAAUACUUACAAGUGUACAAAGCAGAUGAUCUCAGAGCGUUUUGGUCGGGGAUCUCGGACAGUGGACCUGGAGCUUGAGGCUCAAAUCGAGGUUUUGAGGGACACAAAGAGGAAAUAUGAAAACGUGCUGCGAUUGGCCCGAGCGCUGACCAGUCAUUUCUACAAUAUGGUCCAGACGCAGCACGCUCUGGGGGACACCUUUGCCGACCUCAGUCAGAAAUCUCCAGAGCUAAGGGAUGAGUUUGGAUACAAUGCCGAGACACAGAAGCUCCUUUGUAAGAAUGGAGAAACGCUGCUUGGGGCAAUUAACUUCUUUGUAUCCAGCAUCAACACACUGGUUAAUAAAACAAUGGAAGAUACUUUGAUGACAAUAAAGAUGUAUGAAAAUGCCAGAUUGGAGUUUGAUGCAUACCGUACAGACCUGGAGGAGCUGAGCGCAGGCCCCAGAGACGCAGUGGCCAUGGCUCGAAUUGAAGCUGCGCAGCAACAGUAUCAGAUUCAAAAAGACAAAUAUGAAAGGCUCCGAUCUGAUGUCACGAUCAAGCUCAAGUUCCUGGAGGAAAAUAAAGUGAAAGUGAUGCACAAGCAGCUCCUCCUCUUCCACAAUGCCAUCUCGGCGUACUUCGCAGGGAACCAGCAGCAGUUGGAGCAGACGCUGAGACAGUUCAAUAUCAAGUUGAGGCCACCAGGGGCAGACAAACCCUCCUGGUUAGAAGAGCAGUGACCUCACUUUUGCCACCCACCACUCAAACACAUGUGACCUGUCGAACCCCCAGUAAACAGAGGAACACUGCAAUGGGAACACAGGAGGAGAAACUGUGAUAGAGACUAGAUGAGCAGAUGGCUGAGUGAGUGUGACAAAUGUGGAUAUAUAGAUGCAGGGUAUUUGCCAUGGAUGGAUGAGGCAACAGUUUACCAAGUGGCCAGUGUCAUGGACAGUUUGGGGGCUAUAGUGCCUCUAUCUCUCUCCAUUUUCACUUUAACUCUCACAUGAGCUUUAUCCCAUUUUCUUUGUCUUACCCUGGCCUGUCUGUAUGUGUACUAGAUAGUCAAAAGUAUGACUAUAUUAUUCAUGUGUUUGCUAUACUCUAUAUGAGACUGAAUCAUGCCUAUUUGAUGAUGAGAAGAUGAGAACGGGUGCAAUGGUGAUAGUGACCAUUAAAAUAGAUGAAAAUGUAACUAACCACUUUGAACAGGUUUAUACCCUGGGUUUGUGCCUCUCUACUUGUACUGACAAUAUCUCAGAUUAAAUUAACAUACACUAUGUGAAAGAAGUAGUUCAGACACCGAUAUGUUUAAUACAGUAAAUAUAAAUGUAGUGUUUUGGGUUAGUGUAGAGACAAUUCACAUGAAACAAAUGAUCAUGUAUUUCCCUGGAAUCGAACAAUGCAGAUUUGUUAGUCGGGGUCUGAGCUAAUGUGUCACCUGACAAUUUAUGGAAGGAACGUAUAUUUUCCAAUCUUUGCACACAUUAUAUCCGCAUAUUCUCAAAUGAAGGUUUUUUUCUAAUAGCAUUUUCAGUGGCCAUCAGACACUGCCAUUGUUUAUGCAAUCAUGUUUGUUUGUUUUUUUCAUUACUUUUCCAAAGACUGUUAAUGGGCAAAGACUACUGCUUGUGCUAACUUGUCAGUGUAUGAGGAAUAAGUGACCUCAGUUUGUCAUCUUAUAGUAAAACUUGAAAUUCCACUAUAUUGUCAAAUUGUUUAAACUAUGUGUCAUAAUGCCUUUUAUGUAUCAAAUAUUUGUUAUAUCUGUUAUAUAUUGUCCAACACUACAUUAACAACUGACUGCUAGCAAGGACACUGCUACAUGUUAAUGGCCUCAACUAAUGUCUCUUCUGUUUCAAAUGUUGUUACAUGCAUUUAAAAACAAUACUAAAAUGUUUGCUCAGGCUAAUCCAAUCAUAAAAGGACCGUAGUAAAAUGUAGACACCCAAUAAAUUAGGACUCACUGUGGCAUUAACCAUAUCAACUUUUGUAGCCAGUCCUGUAGCUUCUUAUCACCUGUGGAUUUGCAUGGCAGGCUGCAAAUGCAAGGUGUGAACUACUAGUCUCCAUUUUGAGCUUGCAUGGACAGGCUAAAUGUCAGUGUGUAAGAAACUAAUUUUAGUGUCUAUAAGUUUUCAAUUAUCUUCAGUUUAGUGUCAAGUUUAACAGUGUAUUGAUGCUCAGAAUCAGUAACCAUUUGCAGUAAUGUUAAAAUGAGUUGUUCUUCAAAGAUCUAACAGCCAAGUCUGUGGCAAUAGAACUAUUCUUGUCUAAAUUAUAACUAAGAUAACAUAUUCUUCUAGCAGGCUAAUGUGGCAUUGCUGAGAAAAAAAAACAAAAUUUCUAACUUUAAAUAUUUUAUUUGUGUACAAUCACCUAUUUUGUAGGCUGAACUGGCGUGUCGUACUGAAUGAGAGAAUGACAUAGUGGUAUUUAUGAUCUUUUAACACAAAUGAAAAUGUCAUAGAUUUAUGUGGAACUCUGCCUUCAUUCCUCACUCCAAUCCAAGUUCCUCUCAGAAGGAAGAUUAAAAAGGCACAUUUCCAA